UUACUACAGUAUGUCAAAUCUGAAACUGAAACAAACAGGUAUACGAUUCCUAGUACUUUAUCAAUGCAUCCGCAAGCUCGCUAGUUCCCAGAUCGGUUGAGACGGCCUAUAUAUAAACCCGUGCAUUUGGAAACCAGGGAAUUUUAGCAUUAGCAAUGUGCUCGAUAAACGUUCGUGUUUUAACUUUUACAAGUAUACAGCAAAAAUUAUAAUUUUCAUCAAAGUCAAGGAUCGAAUACCUGGAAAAUGAAUGCCAAUCAGUGGGAGAAAGUGAGGCACAAUUGGACAGAGCUUCUGAAAGCGUAUACAUCUUCAACUCUUGCUUACUUGUAUCAGGAGGGUGUCAUUAAUGAUGACGACAGAGAAAACAUCAACACCGCCCGUACGUCAAGUCAGAAAAUGGAAACAUUGCUAUUCAUAAUUAAACGUAAAAUUGGUAAAGAUCCCUACAGCCAUUUAAUCACAAUAUUAAAAGAAGAAAGUCCACAUUUGGCAGAGGAAAUUGAAUCGACAGCAUCAUCGUCACAACCUAAUCUGAGCGAUCCGGGAAACGUUUUUGCCGAUAGUGAAGAAGUUAGGAAAGUUCUUCGCGACCAUUUCACAGAUGGAGACGACCAAAAUCCAGUGUCACUUGGUGAAAUUAGAGACACUUUAAAAAAAGAAAAAGCCUUUUCAAAGUUGAAUGAGUGGAGCAACCCAAUGCUAAAAGACUACUUGGAAAAGGAGUUUCUCAAUGUAGAAUUUCAAACAUCAGCAAGCUCUUCUGGCAAAAAUAAACGGAUUGUCGUAAAACACAUAAGGAGGCUUUCAGGAGAAAUGCAAGCAGAUCAAAUUAUGCAACCACCUGUCUUAGAAGAAGCAAAGUCUGAUCACGAUGUUGCAGAUGACACAAAUCCGCUAUACGAGCAUCCUAGGCGAUUUUGCGCAGAUGUAGAUGUCACAACCAAAUAUGUAAAAGGACGAUGCUUUGAUGAUGUCUCAUCUCAUGUUAGAGACAAGAAAACAACUCCUAUUAGAAACUACCAUCUUGUUAAUCAAUCACAAGGAGAAGAUGAAAUGCUAGAAUUCAUGGGGUCCAAGCUAAUUCCUUUUGUCUCCGCCUGUAUGAAUGAGAGAAAAAACGGUACACUUUAUUUUGGAGUAUGUCCUAAGAAAGACGACACAUACAGAGCUGGUGAAAUUGUUGGUGUUACAAUCGAUAAGGAUGAGGUCGGAAAAGAAAUUGAUAAUAGAUUACAGACUUCAUUUCUAAAUGAACAAACCAAAUAUACUAAAGCCGUCAGACAUCCCAAAUUUAUUCCAGUAGUUUCUGGAAGCAGCAGUACUGCGUCUUGGGUUGUUGAAAUUGACGUGGUGCCAUCAAUUUCACUUUUAAACAAUGAAGUCAUUCAAACAAAACUACAUCUCUUAAAAAUGUUUGCAGUAAGCAACAAAAGACAAAAAAGAGAGUAUGGUAUCUUUAAAUUCUCAGCAGACGGAAAUCCAUAUGUUUUACCUGCAUCAGAUGCCAUUAGCUUCAUCCGAGAUAUUUCCGAAAUAGUACGACAGCGAAGUGAAGACGAACAAAAUCAAAUUAAAAAGAUUCCAAAGUCAUUUAAUAAACUAAAUCGUUUACUUACUGGAGGCUCGGAUCAAGGCAAAAUUCUAGAUGAUAUUUACAUUUUCUUCAUGCUUAGUCCAGUUGAUAGCUAUAUGGAUCAAGAUUUUCUAAAUAAAAACAUGUCUUUUAUUAGAGAUCUCGAGCCGGAAGUUGUGUUUGAUUUUGAUCCCGAAGGCCAUACUAAAGGUAUUUAUCAUACUUUAGACACGAGUAAAGAAGAAAUAUUUAAUGUCUACACUUUAGAUAGAUUUAAUAAGGAAAGCGAAAAUCUAAAUUCUUUGCGUGAAAAUUUGCAAAAAGAUGAAUAUACACAGUGGGUUUUUUGUAAUGGCUAUGAAAACAUGAAACCGAUGGAUAGCACACAGUGGGCACAAAAAAGAUGGCGUCUAUUUAGUGAAGCCUUCAGGGCGUUUACUGACACUCACGGAGAGGAAAGAAUACUUUUAAUAAUUUGCUUGUUUUCAAAGACCUAUGAAACAAUGAUCCCUGCCUGUUUUGAAGCAUUACGUAGCCUUCCUAAGGGAUGGAUUCUUCUUUCAGAAAAUGAGGAUAAUGCGAAAUUAUGGCAAGAUAAAAUACUGGGGUAUAAUAUAUUCGAAAAGCUGGAGCUGGACAAUAAAAGUGUUGUCGACAUGGCCUGGGGGGAAAUCAACACAACCGUUUCACAAAUUACAGAAACAACAAACCAAAAUUUUGAAGUUUACCUGCCAUGUACUAAAGGAAAUGCGACACAUAUACCACCAAAAAAACUAAAAGAAUGGCACGAUAUUGAUAUUUUGAAUUCAGGAGACUUUUGUUUGGAAAAGAAAUUAGAACAAAUGGUCGAACGUGAAUUCUAUUGUGGCGAAAAGGUAAGUUGGCUAAACUUUUGGUUUAAUAAUCAAGUCCUUCAGAGGGAUAUACAUGGUAAACUGAAAGAUACAGUUGAAGAUUUACUGAAGGGCGAAGCCAAGGAUGAAAGAAAAGUACAGUAUAUAACUUUAUUGCAUGAACCAGGAGCCGGAGGAACCACUGCUGCCAUGCAUGUUCUUUGGGAUCUUCGUACAAAAUAUAGAUGCUGCCGUGUUAAAAAUAUCAAAGAAAAUACAAGCGAACAUUUAGAAGAAAUUUGGCUCUACAAAGAAGAUUCUAGAGCUCGACCACCUAGACCACUUUUGGUUCUGAUCGACUAUGUUGAUGAUGAUGAAUAUAUCAAAUUUAAAGGGAAGAUGGAAGAACAUGGUCGUAAUAAUUGGAAAAAUUAUGAGGAAUCAUUCGACAUAUUUUGUGUUGUUAUUGAAUGCAGAAGACAAACUAAAAUUCGUCCGCCUUUUGAACCGAACAAAAUCGCGCUAUUACAUAGUCUUUCGCCAAGAGAAAUUAAUUGGUUUAAGAAGGAUAAAUCAAACCUAAACAAUGUCCAUGACCUGUUUGCAUUCAACAUUAUGCGUGAAAAUUUUAACCAAAGCUAUAUUUCUGAUGUUGUUAAUAGAUAUUGUGAUGAUAUAAAAGAAAACAAAAUGGAAAUUGAAAUUCUUCGAAUAGUUGCCUUUUUCAACUAUUUUUCCACACAGUUUGAACCAAUUAAAGUGUCUUGGCUUGACACUUUAUUUAAAAACAGAAAACCGGAUGGCGAAACUGAAACAAUUGACUUCAUACGUGACGUUAAAUGGGAGGCAAAUUUAAGUUCAAGUAUACGAUUUUUGAUGAACAUAUCAAAAUACUCCAGAAAAAAGCAACCAAGAAAAUGCUUGAGGAUAAUAAACAAAAUGGUUGCAGGAAAGAUUCUAGACUACCUAAAAUUAAAUACUGUCAAAAAGACUAGCCAAAUCAUGCUGGAGCUCUGUGAACCAAAUGUGUAUAAACAAACUGGUCAAGAUGCAGAUUCUUUUAGAAAAAAUAUUAUUUAUGUGGCUAGGAAAAGAGAAAGCCAAACAGGAAAAAAAGAAAAAUUCUCUUCAUUUGUAACUGAUGUUAUUAAAGGAGAAGGUGCUGAUAUUGCAGUUAAAGUUUUAAUUCAAUUGUAUAAUGUCAGUAAAGAUGCUUUUAUAGCACAAUUAAUUUCCCGAGUUUACAUGGAAAUGCAAAACUGGAAAAUGGCUAAAGAUUAUGCUGAGAAAGCAACGAGUUUACAACCUGAAAAUUCCUUUCUUUGGGAUACAUUUGGCAGAGUGUUUAGUUCAGAGCUGUCAGAUUUAAAAGAAAAUGAUCAUUUUGUAGAUGAAGACAUUAUAAAAAUCAUUAAGUUAGGAAAUGAUGGUUUGGAAAAAUUCCAGAAAGCACAGGAAGCAAGUGAAAAAGAAAUGACAACUUCCGAAAAAAAUAACAUGGCUGGCUACUACGGAGAACUUGAUUUAAUAAACACAUUGCUUGAUUCACUUAAGUUACAUUCUGCCUUCAAAGAGCAUUCAACUCUUCAUAAAUAUUUGGUUGAGGAAAAUUACUGUCCAGCGGAGCUUAAGUUUCUUGAUAACUACAAACUUUUCUUGAAAGGUUUGGCAUCUAGGGCUAGGCAAGGAAUGAGACGCCUGGAUGAAGAAUAUUUACAAGUUAAAGAUGGAAGUGGCCAAGAACAAAUAGUAGCCGAUGAUUACAGCAGAAAAAAUUUUCCUAAGCUAAAAGCUAAUCUGGAUUAUUAUUUUGAAGAAACUGUUAAUGCUUUCGAAAAAACAACUAUGACUGGGCGUGAUUAUUGCGCAUAUAAGUUAAGUUAUGCACAAACGUUGGGCGCAUCGUCGUUAAACCAAAUUUUAGAAUUAAAAAAGGAAGGAAAGUUUGAAGUCAUGAUGCAAAUUUAUGAUUUAUUGAAAACAAAUAUGGAAUCACAACAUGUCACCUUUUAUGAUUUUAAAGCCAUUUUGGAUGUACUCACAGUAUUGAUUGUUAGUUAUAGAAAACCAGCAGGUCUCACUUUUCAAAACAUGUUGGACUGGAGUAAAAGAUUCUAUUUUAUAGAACAACCUAAAGAAUCAACAAGGUACUAUCUAGAACCAAUGAUGUAUUUUGUUUUAUACAACUUUCCUACAGAGGAGAGAAAUGCACAUGAUAUCUGCCCUAUUUUGGAUUUUAAAAACGCCUUGGAGAAACUGAGGGAUCAGUUUAAACGGAAUCACCCUAAACAAGAUAUGUAUAUGUUUCGCAAAAAAGAAACAACUCUAUUUUUUCUUGGUAACGGGUCUCCAUUACAAGAUAUUGUACCUCAAGAUCAACUAGAAAUCAUGAAUGAUUUUAACUAUAAAGAAAAGUGGAAUAUUCCUGAGUUAAGAAAACAUCUUAGAAUGAUGACUGGUGUGCUUUCCAAUGAUGGCGAAAAGGUUUCAACAAAAAUAAUUACAAAAGAUGGCAAUAGAUUUACUUUAGAAAUAUCAACAGCGUACCACGUAAGCACAUCAGUGAUGAAGAAUAAAAAGGUUUAUUUUUAUUUAGGAUUUAGCUUUUCAGGACCAAAAGCUUUUGGGAUAUCUUUGGAAGAACUGGGAACUACCAAGAACACAGCUCAUGGUGAAUCUCAAAACCAACAAGCAAUGCCUACCUUCACACGGGUAUCUAAUCGUCGGAAAAGCAACAAAAAAUAAGAUAUUCAUUAACAUUAUCUUUUAAGAUAACCCUGCUAUCUGUCUUUAAACAGUACAUUCUAUUAAUAUUGUAACACCAUCUCACGGUACUAAACAAAUUCGCCUUUCAACAUCUGUUUUUAAGAUGACAAUUUCAACGAUCGUCGAACCCACUGAUGAUAAAAUUUCAACGCGAAUUUCAGUUUUUGUAUUAUAACAUUUAUUGAUUAUGUAUACAAUGGGAAUUUACACAAUAAUAUUAAUAUUAAUAUUUUUCAACAGAAAGAUUAAGAGAAACUUACGCAACUUAUUGAGUAUGCCUACUUGAAAAAAAUACAAAAGUAUGGCAAACAAUUAUAUGUUUUUUGUUAAAACCGUUUCAAUGAUAAAAAUACAUGUUAAACAAUAUUUUAAAUAUUUCACUAAAAUUAUUUUUGUUACUUUUUUCACUGAAAAUGUCCAUAAAAUGUGUACAUUGUAUGUAAAAAAAUGAAUCAACCAUAACAAUAUAGAUCUUAGCGUUUGAGACAUUAAUUUUGUAUUAGUAGUUUGAGGUUGAAGAAACGUCUUGUCCCAACGACCAAUAUGUCUAAUGUAUCCGAACCCGACGAUGGGAUGCACUAGGGUAGGAAGCAAAAAAAAUGGUUAACACUGGUAACACGGGUGAGAGAAACGCCGGAUUCUUUAACAGGUUCCAGUCUGCUUGCCUAAAGAGCACUGCUUUAGUCAGAAAUAACCGCAAUAGAGAGACAGAUACAAGUUCGAACUAAAGUUAAUUUUGAAUUGCCUUUUUUUAGUGUUAAUAUAAAACACAGUAUUGUUAUUACUAAAAAUCUGAAUAACAUUUUAGCAAUCUCUAUUGUAUUUGAAAACAAUUAGUUGUAUUGUAAAGAAUUAUUUAUACAUACAUGAAAUGCAAGCAGUAGCUAAUUGAGCUUUUUGUUAUAAAUAUAUAUACGAAAAUUGAUAUAUUUUAUUGCUUUUAUCUGUUUUCGAUUGUUUAAAAUUGAAAUGUAUGUAUUAUUUACAUUUAUUUGCUUGCAUCAAUGCUCUUAACGAAAAUAUCUAUAUAUCUUAACAUAUUUCAAAAUCAUUUUAUGCAUUAACCAAUAACUUAUAAUAGUCGUUCUCCAUUAAUGGUCUCACCAUUCUAUAUGGCCCCAACUUCUUUUGAAACAAAGCAUGACAUUAAGUUUAGUAUCAUUUGACAUAUGCUGCAAAAACAUUUUUAAAAACUUUCAAUUUCUUUUUACUUUUUCCAAAAUGCAAACUGCUUAAUCAUUUAGUUUUUUUAACAAUCCAUUAUGGCCUUAUUACACUUAUUAAACACUUAUUAACGAAAAGUCGUUUAUGUCCAUUAUUCCGAAUUUCUUUUCUUUUACUCAAACGUUGUCAUUUGUUGUUGUUGUUUUUUACGCUUUCUUACAGUUCUAAAUUAACUACAUUUCCAUUGUCAGAAUCGAGUGCUGCGUAACUAAACGGUGUUUUCCUUAAUCAUUCUAAAAGUAACUUAUAUAUUAGUCCUUGGCUUAUGACAUACUUUAGAGACCUUUACUAAAACUCAUUCUUCAAAACGAUAAAACAUAGUAUUCGCUAAUACACUAUAUAAAAUUAUCCUAUGUGUUCGUAAUUAACUGACUUAUUCUUAUAUAACACAAGACAUAUUAGAGCAUUUUAAUGUCUAGUCCGAGCACAUUUUUAAAGUCAGCUUUCUUACAAGAGAUUUAAUAGAUACAUCAAACGUUAAAUGUUUAAAACGUAUUCGAAACAAAAUUAAAUAAAUAACUGUUACCUAAAUCGUAACACUGUGAUUUAAUAUUUCUGAGACCACAAAACUGACUUGUCAUUAUACCUUUGUAUGUGUAUUUCUUUGAUAGUUUUCAAUUAUUUUUAUUUUGCGUUUUAAUAAGUGAAUCUUUUUUUUUUUAUUUCUUUACAUAAUUGCAUUUACGACUAAUUGCUUGAAAUUAUAAUAGAAAGUUUACUUAAAGAAGACUAGGAACCAUUUUACAACUUAAUAUUAUCGUUUUUACUCCUUAUUAACAGCAGACAGCGAUGGUUCAAAUAUUCGAUUUUUUUAUGCAAAUUAUAAAUGGCCUUGAGCUGAAAACAUCAUGAAAUCCCUUUAAUUAAUCCUGGCUUUAAAUUUAACCCAUGUUUUUCAAUUGUAAAACUGCUUCUACUGUUAAACUGCUUUAUUUAUUCUUCUUUAAAGCCUUUCAAUAAAUAAAAUAGUUAUUAUUAUAUUAGAAAUAUAAACAUUAUUUUAAAUAGCUAAUAUGUAUAAAAAUAAAGACAGAAAGAAAUAAUUAUUUUAAAAAAUAUAUGGAUGGGAAUUGGUGUAUGUUUACACACAUCUAUUGGCUAUAUAUAUAUAUAUAUAUAUAUAUAUGUAUAUAUAUAUAUAUAUAUAUAUAUAUAUAUAUAUAUAUAUAUAUAUAUAUAUGCACUUUUAAAUCGACUGUGGUUUAUUUUGUUAACCACCCACUGUUCUCUGUCAGCUUUUUGUUUUGUGAUUUGACUAGCUGUAUUUUAAGAAAAUAAUGAUGAAUGUAAACAUCAAUAUCUACAUAAAGAAAAUGAAUAACUUUUAUUUUUUAUUUUAAGUUCAAGCACAAUUAUUUUCAUUAUUAAGAAUGUUUGAAUAUUUAUCUUAGU